ACUUACAAGGGAAACCCAUAAUUUCCGGCGGCGACCGGCGAGUAACUGUUUGUCAGCGCCUAGUACGUGAGAACAUCUAUGGCCAUGUAUUCCGGUGCUGUGAGAGGAGGUCUCCAGUUUCAAACUUCCUAUUUCUGUUCCGCUCUUGAACAUUGCGUAUAAGUUUACUACUACCCUAAACAGCUCCAAGUGUAGUUUUAAAUGCGACGAACCAUACGAGAGUUGCAUCCUAUCUUUAGUCGGUUUGAUGGAUUUCCUCGUCUGGCAGCAACUAAAAUCAGUGUGAAAAUGUUGUUUUCUUUCUUUUAAGGAUGCUGUGGUCUUUGUUUUAACGGAUUACUUCUUGUCCCAUGCUAAUGCCAUCCUGGCAAACUCAUUUCGCAAACAUGGCGACAUAAUUCCGAUGACAUCAUGGAGUUACGGCAACUGGUUACGUUGUGUUUUGUCUAUAUGGCGCUUGUGCCGGACGCAUGUGCAGGAAUCAAUAACCUCAUCGAUGGUUUUCAAAGGGGUCCGUCAAUCACCUCCCUCCACAUCCGGUCUGACAUCCGGUUCCGUUUUGCCACCACGACCGUCUACAGCUCCAUAGCCAACGCCGACAUUGCCGACCAUGAGACCACAUUUGACGUCACGCUUCCGGACGCUGCAUACAUCACGAACUUUACAUUGGAAAUCGGCGGGGUUGUGUACCCGGGGGUGAUCAAAGAGCGAGAGGCUGCCAAGUCCCAGUACGACAAGGCCAAGAAAAAGGGACAGUCCGCUGGUCACAUCGCCACCAACAAACCCAGAGAUACCAAUCGAUUCAAAGUAUCCCUAAAUAUAGCAGCGCAAACCAAGAUCAAGUUCACCUUGACCUACAACGAACUUCUCCAGCGUCGACGCGGCAGCUACGAUCACACCAUCUACAUCCGGCCAAGGCAGAUCGUCAACGACUUCCGGGUAGAGGUUUACAUCCAGGAAUCUCGUCAAAUCACGUACCUCCGAGUCCCGCCAUUACGAGAUGAUGUUCUCAUUAACUAUAAUAGUAUUGAGCAGAAUCGGCUCGCGCAGGUCAGCCGUCCGUCCUCCACGUCCGCCCAUAUCGUGUAUGAGCCGUCCACCGAGGAACAGAGCCUCGUUUCCCAGCAGGGACUUUCCGGGCUGUUCGUGGUGGAGUAUGACGUGGACAGACGGUUGGACGCAGGUGACGUCCUGGUUGUCAACGGAUAUUUUGUCCACUUCUUUGCUCCCCAUGGGCUAGACCGCAUGCGCAGACGGAUCCUAUUUAUCCUGGAUACCAGUGGGUCGAUGGUAGGUACGAAAAUGAAACAGAUGCAGACCGCCAUGAUUGAAAUCCUCGAUGAUCUACACGAAGGGGAUAAGUUCAACAUCAUCGAGUUUGACGGGAACGUCCAAAAAUGGCAGGAUGGCAUAUCGGCUGUUCCUGUCACACAGGAGUCCAUAGAGUCAGCCAAGCAGUAUGUCAAGGGUCUGGUUGCUGAUGGCUGGACGAAUAUAGAUGGAGCUGUGAUGCAGGGUAUCAAGGAUAUCCUAGCGGACAGUAUGGACGAAAGUGUCCCUAUUGUCAUCUUUCUCACGGACGGAGAACCAACCACGGGAGAAAUGAACGUCAACAAGAUCCUCGCCAACAUCAAGACACGUAACACAGAAGGUGUACCCGUGUUCUCGUUGUCUUUUGGCGAUGGAGCAGACUUCGACUUCCUAAAGCGGCUGUCUUUACAAAACAAUGGGUUCGCCCGCAAAAUAUACGAGGCUUCUGACGCGGACAUACAACUUACUGGUUUCUACGACGAAGUCUCGUCAGUUCUCGUAUCUAACGUUACAUUCCGUUACUUAGAUGAUACUGUGAUAAAAAAUACUGUUUCAAAUGUGAUAUUUCCUAAUUAUUUCGCGGGGUCCGAAUUAGUUGUGACCGGUCAGCUGAUGGACACAGCAAUGACCGAUAUACCUGUCUCUAUAUUCGGUGAAAGUUCGAAUGGUCUGCUGGAACUACGUUCCUCUGGUAAUACUAUACUCAACGACAUGGAAUUGACGUCAUUUGAUGACGACUCGCAGCCGACCGUGAACUUCACGGACAUCGCCGAAAAAAUAUGGGCGUAUGUGAACAUUAAGCAACUAUUGGACGAACGACUGAGGGAGACCAAUCAGACCAUACGGGACGAGAUCAAGGAGAGGGCCACACAGCUAGCACUGAAGUACAAUUUUGUGACUCCCCUGACGUCUAUGGUGGUCACGAAGCCAGAACAAGAGACAAUGGUCGACCCUAACGAGGUCGAGAAAGCGAACCAGUCCGCCUGGCAGUCCGGUGCCAAUCCUGGCCAGGCUCUCAUCGGCAAGUCGCCAUCCUUCGUGGACAGUGACCCCCACUUCAUCGUGCAUGUGAAGGGUCUGGAUACCUCGGUGUGUUUUGACAUCAUGGGACAACCGGGCGAUCGACUCAAUCUUGUCUCCGACGACGUGUCAGGUAUCAGCGUCACGGCAGCCAUAAUAUCAAACAAAGACACGCCAAGGUCACGCAGGAAGAGGAAGGGCGGAUCAGCUGAUCAGAUAAAGGAGACGACAAAGACAUAUUUAGGAGAAAUACGAAUCGAGGGACUGAAGACAAAGCUGUCCUUCACGCCUACAAACUGGACCAUGGAUGGCCAGCGAUACGCGUGGAAAAGCUCAGAGGCUUUGAAAUCUCACAGAACGAAAGUUGUGACUGACGGCACUGGUCAGCAGAUCGCCAUUAUCUUCCCGAACAAAGUGCUGUUGCUCGUCAUACGCCACAUGAGGACCAAGUCACAACUGAGGAUGGGCAAGGUGCCAUUUCUAGGCUUUUACAUCGUGGAAGAGAAAGGAUUUUCGUGGCACACACACGGGAUUCUCGGUCAACUUCUUCAUAGACGCAUAUCAUUGAGGAAGACCAAGAAAGUGGAUGGUAAAACCAGAGGCAAGCUCUUGGUGAAGGGAAAUACCAAAAAGACAAGGAAACUGACAGCCACUCUUGGGACGCGUCUCAAUCUAGCUACAAACAGGGACACGCCUUGUUGGAUGGUACAGAGGAACGGCAAGAAACUUCUGGACGGGAGCUAUAGAGACUAUCUUGUGCGCGACAAAAACUCUACUGUCACUUCAAAACGCAAGGGACGCCGGAAACGAAUUAUGAAGAGGAUAAGCGGCUCACAGUGAUCCGGAUUAAAAAUGGCGAAAUUGGAAUGAUUUGAGAUAUUAAGUACUAUGUCGCAAGGCAAAUAUUUUGUUUUCUUUUAGGAAACUUUCUACAGUGUUAAUAUUUUAUUGAAAAAUAUUGGUUUAUGUUUAAACGUUGGCCAUAUAAUAUUUUCUUGAUUAUCAUGCAACAUUGUGCAAUAUAUAUGAAUGGUAACAACUGACUUGUAUAGUCUGUGGACUAUAGACAUAUACGUCAAUUGUAAUGCCAUUGCUGGAAUAUUAAUAGAGCUUCGUGGCAGUUUAAUAUAUAUUGUCGAACACUCAUUGACAAAAUACAUACACGUUAUUUAUGUUUUUAUAUAUGAUGUUUAGUGUUGCAGAUGUUGUACCAGACAAUGCAUCAAUAUUUCAUGUUUCUGUGAAAUACAUUUAUUUCAUACUUGUUCAUGAGAUGUAUCUGCUUUUUAACUUUGCCUGUAGAAAACGAAUUGAAUUUUUGCAAAUUUAAAGAUUUAAACAGAUAUAAUUAAAAUAUAUUGUAGAUGUGAGUUUGAAAAUAUAUGAUCAUUACGUAGAAAGCAUGGUAUCGGUAAGACAUAAUUGUACAAGUGCAAAAUUUUGCGUUUAAACUGACCGUGGUAUAGAAAUUUUCGCGAUGAGACUCUUUGUCGUGAUCGCGUUGUGGAAAUUUUCGUUUUGGGAAUGGUUCUGAAAUCAAUAUAAAUUCUAUAGAUCUAUAUAUAAAAAUAUAUAAAAGUUCACGUGGAGACCUUUUUCACGCUUAUUUAUUCAACUCGAAAAACGCAAAGGUUUCCACACUACAAAAUUGUCAAACUUUCCUGUAAUCAAUAAUAAAAAUAUACCUGACCAGCAGGUACAAUUAUAUUAGAAAAUAUAUACCACUGCGGACACUGUUAUGAACUUAAUUAGAACUAGAAGUCAAUAAUAAGAUUGAACAACAAAACCGAGGUGACACGAAAGGAAAAAAAAAAGAGAUUACCAUCAUGAAACCGCACAAAUCUGUGUCUGAAAACACAUUCAGUAGGAAGACAGAGAAAAAGAGAA